UCGAUUGUGCAGACUUGUGCAGGAGCUGUAAUCUUGACUGAUGUUGUGUUCUGGUGUCUUAUCCUGCCAUUUGAAUCCAACCAACAUUUUCAAUUGACCAUGUUGACUGGGCUCAUGCACUCUGUGAAUCUUGUCUUCCUGAUCAUUGAUACAGCUCUCAACAGCCUUCCGUUUCCAUGGUUCCGGAUAGCGUAUUUUGUGCAGUGGAGUUGCAUCUACAUAGUUUUCCAGUGGGUUCUUCACGCCUGUGGUCUUUCAUGGUGGCCGUACCCGUUCUUGGAGCUGAGUACGCCAUGGGCGCCAUUAUGGUACUUCUGCUUGGCUCUGGUGCACGUCCCUUGCUAUGGGAUUUAUUUUCUCCUUGUGAAAGCCAAAUACUCGAUCCUCCCCAAAUGGUUCCCCGCUGCUUUUGUUCUCACUUCUUCAUUAUGAUUCUCUUCCCUAUUCCUGAAGAUCUUGGACUCAGCGGCGGAUACAGAAUAGGGUAGAGCAUUGGGACCACAUUUGAAAAGAGACGGAGAAGACUAGACCGUAAUUCCACGAGAACAUAAACGAAUACCUAAAAUCGAAAAUUUAUAAGAGGUAUACUAGCUCCGGAUCCGAGGAGGGCUGGGUCGUGGCCCGAGGGCGGCCCCCCCUUGAUCCGCCGCUGGUUGGACUGUAUGGCUCAAAUUUACAGUAGUUCACGUGCUUCCAUCGAUUCCUUUCCAGUACAAAAUUUAGUGAUUUGUUUUGUGACGACGAGAUUUCUUAACGCAUCUAGACAUUUCGUACUAUCUUUGUCACGAUAAUCUUAUUGUGUCCGUGUUGUUAGUAAUGUGGC